CACCGAGCUCUGUGAUUGGAGGAGCUCGCCGUCUGUCAGCGCUCGGUCAUGUGACUGGUGUUCGCUUCACUUCCUGCUUCUCUGUUUGUUUCCUCGUCUCCGGUUCCUCCGUGUCGGUGUCCUCGGCGGCUCCUCCGGGAUUCUGCAGCGGGACUCCGAGCUUCCUCCGCCGGCCGGAGACACUCUUCGUUGCGGGGGCGGUGACGGGCUUGAGCUCCGGGGGCGCUCAGUGAUGGCGGACGGGGAACGGUCGCCGCUCCUGUCCGAGCAGCACGACGGCUCCAACGGCUUCUCUCCCGGGGGCAGCGCGCACGGACCUCCCGCUAAACCCCAGAGUUUGGCGCCGUUCCCCAGCUUGGUGGCUCCAGGAGACCCUCCGCCUCCGUACUCGCCUCAGGGCAGCCCGGACAGCAGCAGCGCUCCGGUCAUCAACUGCCGCGUCUGUCAGAGCGCCAUAUCCGUGGAGGGGAAGACGCACCAGCACGUGGUGAAGUGCAGCAUCUGCAACGAAGCGACGCCGAUAAAAAACGCCCCCGUGGGAAAGAAAUACGUCCGCUGUCCAUGCAACUGUCUCCUGAUCUGCAAAGUCACGUCGCAGAGGAUCGCCUGUCCGAGGCCGUACUGUAAACGCAUCAUCAACCUGGGACCAGUUCACAUCGGGAGCGACAGUCCUGAACCGCAGCACCAACCCGUCGGCAUCAGGGUCAUCUGCGGACACUGCUCCAAUACAUUCCUGGUAGG